CAAUGAUGCCACUUUUCCACCUUUCAUCUAGCCUUAACGUCUUUUUUCCCACUUCCAACAAACCUAGUAUAACAGCCAUGGCGAAGACAAAAUCCAGAAUUCAGCCGUUCUUAGAGGCUGUUCGUAACGCCAGACAACUCAUCUUCACCGUCAUCGUCAUCGCCAUUUUCGCCAUCGCGUGGUUGGUCCAGGGUGGAUCGAUUGACAUGCCAGAAUGGACCAAAGACAUGCGACAUCUCGAGGGGGACGACUGGACGAAAUAUGCGGUGAUAAUCAUCGUCGCUGUUUGUGUGGUUUUUGCGCUCAUGAUGGCGACGGGGAUAGCGUUAUUGAGAUCGGAUAGUGCUCAUGGGUAUUCCUGAUUUUCGGGUUCCACGGAGACCUGGAGACCUUUCUGACGACCAUGAAAAUAAAUGAAGAUUUGAUUGAUGACGCAAUGAUAGAAAUGGAUAUACAGCGAGCGAAGCGUUUAUGUAAUCCGGGGAUUUCUUCGAGCUGGGAUUCGGAGUUGAACUGCGCCGCUGCGGUAAUGAUAAUGAGAUUCCCGUAUGUAGAGUAUUUAUAUGCCGUCAUUGGCUAUAAAUAAUGGAGCUUAGGUCAACCACUGUUUGUAAGGGAAGCGAUGUUAAUAAUCCAAUUAUAUUUUCUGGCAAACCUUUCUGUUUGUAUGCAUCUCCAUUCGAAGCAAAAGCAGAGCCUUAGAUCUUUAUAUCUAAAGAUAUCUCCGCAAUAAUAACCACUCUACCUAG